ACCUAAACAGGGAUACAUAUAAUUGUGUCCCCUUGAUAAAUGAUAAAAUUAAGCCAGAAAAAGUAAUUGGAGAAGCCUUUGAUUUGGUUUGUAAUGGCGAAGAAUUAUUAAGCGGAAGUCUGCGUAUUUAUCAACGAGAUUUACAAGAAAAAGUUUUAGAAAUUUUAGGUUAUAGGCGGCAGCAUAUUGUUGUUGAUUUAA